AUGUAUAUGGUAAAAUUGAAUCGGUUACUAGGUGAUGAUAAGAAUAAUCAAACAAUACAAGAAGAAGCUAGUCGCAUAAUUCGUUUAUCAAUUUUACCUCUAACUGAACCACCAAAAUCUAAGACCAUGCGCAUUCUCUAUGGUGUAGUCGGUGAGGGAAUGGGGCAUGCAACACGAUCUAAAGUCAUUCUUGAAAUGCUCAUGAAAGAACAACAUCAUGUCAAAGUGGUCGUGAGUAAUCGUGCAUAUAAGUUUCUUGAUGGAAGCUUUCCAAACGAAGCUAAAAAGUAUGAUCCAAAAGCAUUCAGUACAUACAAAGCAUUUGUCCAGGCGAAACUUCCAGAUUGCGAUCAAUAUAUAAUCACUGGUUUCUUUUAUCCUCAUAUUCGUGACACAUACCAAGCUAAAACCAUGCUUGUUCCACCAAUUCUUCGCCAGGCUAUUCUCGAUGCAAAAACAUUACCAGCCGGACAUGGCGAGCAUUUUCUUGUUUACCAAACUAGCAAAAGUGAUACAUCUCUUAUCGCUACUUUAGAAGCCUUUGGCGAAAAAUGCAUAAUUUAUGGGCAUGGUCGCGAGGAAAAAAUUGGUAAUCUAGAAUUCAAAGGUUUUUCUGAACAAGGAUUUGUGGAUGACUUGGCGCGUGCUAAAGGUGUCAUUGCUAAUGGUGGACUCUCCCUGAUGAACGAAGCGUUGUGCGAUAACGGCUGGGGUGAGAUCGAUAGAUAUGAUUUUAUCGAAAAAUCUCUACGCUCCGUUCUGUUUUAUCCAAAAACAUUACGAAAAUCUGAACCAGUCAUUCAAUAG